CGAAGAGGGUAUCUCUGCUCCUCGGCGAUAUCAGCCAGCGUGUCCGUUUGAUACCGACUGGAGGACAGGAAAUAAAGGAGGCAAUCAGCUCUGCUGACAACUGUGGAUGUAAGAGAGGAGAAGCAGCAGGAGAGCUGAGCUGUGGGAAGCCGGCAUACCAGCAUACCACCGGCCCUACAGAUAAGACCGCAGCAGGGAACGUCUAUAAACACCCCGAAAACGUCCUCCGCUGCAGAGAGGCAGGGAGCAUCCGAGCCUGAAGGGACUGGAGAGAGCCUUCAACCGGCAACCUGGAGGAGGAACAGCAAGAGGUCCACCGGGCCCCACAGCACAACUUCGCCAUGAGUCUGAGCGGCACCCUGGAGAAGGGGGCCCACCACCAGGCUCUGGACCUGUCCGAGGAGCUGCCCCCCCACCACCACCACCACCACCACCACGCCAACCACCACCAGCACCUGCACCACUCCGGCUCCCUGGCCUCCACCACCGCCGUGGGCGGAGGCAGGGAGACCCCGCCGCGCGGCGUGGUCGUGCCCCCGCCGUAUUCGGCGGCCGAGAGCGGCGGCGGGGGCAGCGAGGCCCCGCUGGAGCUGCGGGGGUCCCUGGACUGCUGGGCCUGCUCGGUGCUGGUGACGGCCCAGAACCUGGUGAUCGCCGCCAUCAACGCCUGCCUGGCCGGCGUGGUGUUCGGCACCAUCCUGAUCCCCGCCAUCGCCAUGGUCGUGUUCGGCUUCCUCUGCCACUCCACAGUCCGCCCUCACGGGACGACCCCCUACUGCUCGGAGCUGCUGACGGACGGCGGCUGCGUGGCCCUGCUGGUGGUGGGCUUCCUCCUGGUCACCCCGCUGCUGGUCCUGGCGCUGGCGGCCUACUGUCGCCUGGCCCGCCACCUCCAGCUGGGCCUGUGCUUCAUCCCGUACAGCCGGGCCGUGUACAAGAACCUGCCGGCCACCCAGCACCGCGGCCUGGGCGGCGGCUGCUGCGGGGGCCGGGACGACGGCAAGGGGAAGGUCUGGGUGUGAGGAAGAUGAGGAUGAUGAAGGGAUGAUGGAAAAGCUGAUUUAACUUUUGAGCAAAACACUAAAUUUUGAAAGGACACUCAAGUAUUGAAUAUCUUCUAAUUAUCUCGUCUUUAAGUAUCGACCAAAAAUACACUGUAAAUAACAGAAUAUACAGUUAAUCCAAGAAUUAUUUUAAUAAAGGGACUUGUGUUCAACAAGUAACAGUAGUAAUCUGACAAUAGGAAUAAAAAAAAGGCGUUAGACUCAAACUACGCCAUUAAUUUUCUUGAAAGAAUUACAGGAAGCUGGAAAGUUGAAAAUAGCACAAGCGUGUCUUGAUGCUAAACAUAACUGUAUUUCAUCACAUUUUAUUAUAUAAAUAACACACCGUGCCUUGAAGAUCUUUUCUCGUUGGACACGGUGUUGUUUACUUUUUAUAAAUAAAGUUUUGUGGAUUUUGCUGGA